CUAUAUGGCAGCUUUUCUAAAAUAGUUCAAACGAGCGUCCAGUGUUUCAUUCAGAGCGCAGCGCGCAUUUGGAGACGCACAGAGGUUAUUCACGGCAUGCACAUUUUGGAGAAGGGUCUGCGGGGAGACAUGGCUUGCCAGCGCUCUGUGCCAAAAAGGAGGAAUUAUACCGGAUCCAUCUCUUCUUUGUCGUUAUUUCUUAUGUUUAUACUCGGAUGCCUCGAGAGUCCUCACUUUGCAUCUGCAACCCUUCAUCACGGUGCUCAUGUAAACAAUGAACCUGCACUUCUGCUGGAAUCACUGCGGCUGCCUCACAACACAGAAUAUGAGAUUGUUGCCCCGUACGAGGUGGACCAUCAAGGGCGUUACAUCUCUCAUGCUGUGGCCCACCACCACCGCAGGAAGCGCUCUACAGAUGGCCAAGGUCACGACCCCAGCUCGAGUGUCCACUUCAAACUCCAUGGAUUAGGGCAAGACUUCCACCUGGACCUGCAGCCGUCACGUGACCUGAUCGCACCCAGCUUUACUGUACAAACGCUGGGCAGGAGUGGCACCAAGAGCCUGCAGCCUUUUCCUAGAGAUGACCUCUGCUUCUACCAUGGGGUGCUGAGGUCAAAGGGCAACUCAUCCGUGGCCCUGUCAACAUGUGUGGGGAUGUCAGGUUUGAUCAGAACCCAAGAUGCUGAUUAUUUUCUGAAGCCACUGCACCCACAUCAAGCACUGCUGGAGAACUUCUCGGCACCAUCUGACCACCAUCCUCACAUCCUAUACAAGAGAUCCACACUGCCACAGACAGAUGCCCAGAGAAACAGAGGGAGAAACAAAAGGUCUUCUGAGCCAAAGACUGCCAGCAGAAGAGCUCCAGGAUUCCCACAAAUUUGGAGAACCAUCAGACGACAUGAAAGAUCCACACACAAACAGAUGGAUCCAGAGGAGUACAAGCAUAUGCCACAAAGUCAUGAUGAACACAGCUACGGCACACGGCAGAGGCAGCACUUCUGUGGACGACGGAAGAAAUAUAUGCCUAAACCACCUGAGGAAGAUAUCUAUAUUUUUCCGGAUGAAUACAAGUUUAUGCCCAGAGGGAAACGUGCCAUCAUGUUCAAACCUCACCAGCCACACCAGAGACUGAAUGUGGAGACAUUGGUGGUGGUUGACCGAAAGAUGAUGGAGAAUCAUGGUCAAGAGAAUGUAACCACAUAUGUCCUUACUGUUCUAAACAUGGUCUCAACUCUUUUCAAAGAUGGAACAAUUGGAGGUGACAUCAACGUUGUAAUUGUUGGACUAAUACUUUUGGAAGAAGACCAGGAUGGACUGGUGAUUAACCACCAUGCUGACCACACUCUGAACAGUUUCUGUCAGUGGCAGUCAGGUUUGGCAGGGAGAGAAGGUCGUCGUCAUGAUCAUGCCAUCCUUCUCACUGGUCUGGAUAUCUGCUCCUGGAAGAAUGAACCGUGUGACACUCUAGGUUUUGCUCCUAUCAGUGGAAUGUGCAGUAAGUACCGGAGCUGCACUAUCAAUGAAGACACGGGUCUUGGUCUAGCCUUUACCAUCGCCCAUGAAUCUGGACACAACUUUGGUAUGGUCCAUGAUGGGGAAGGCAAUGUGUGUAAGAAGUCAGUAGGAAACAUCAUGUCUCCCACAUUGGCUGGACACAAUGGUUUAUUCUCCUGGUCCUCCUGUAGCCGACAGUAUCUAAGCAGGUUUUUAAGUACCGCCCAGGCCACCUGUCUGUCUGAUGAGCCCAGCGCCAUACAAGAGUACAAAUACCCAGAGAAACUUCCUGGAGAGCUGUAUGAUGCCGACACCCAGUGCAAGUGGCAGUUUGGAGAGAAAGCCAAACUAUGCACUCUGGACUUCAAGAAGGACAUCUGCAAAGCCCUGUGGUGCCACCGGAUCGGAAGAAAAUGUGAGACUAAGUUCAUGCCAGCCGCCGAGGGUUCCACCUGUGGUCCAGAGAUGUGGUGUCGUCGUGGUCAGUGUGUAAAGCAAGGUGAUGAAGGUCCGAAGCUGGUGCAUGGUCAGUGGUCAUCCUGGUCCGGGUGGUCCAGCUGCUCUAGAAGCUGUGAGAGUGGAGUGACCUACAGAGAGAGACACUGCAACAACCCGAGGCCAAUGUAUGGUGGCAGGUUUUGCGAGGGCUCGUCCCGCUCUUAUAAACUGUGUAACACUGAUGACUGUCCUCACAACACUGUAGACUUCAGGGCUGUCCAGUGUGCUGAGUUCAACAGCAAGCCCUUUCGUGAAUGGUACUACAAGUGGAAGCCCUACACACGAGUGGACGAUCAGGAUGUGUGUAAGCUCUACUGCUUCGCUGAAGGAUAUGACUUCUAUUUUGCCCUCUCCAGUAAAGUCAGGGAUGGGACACUCUGCACACAGGACAGCUCUAAUGUCUGCAUUGAUGGCACUUGUGAGAGGGUGGGCUGUGACAGAGUGCUGGGAUCCACUGCUGUGCUGGAUAUGUGUGGUGUCUGCAAAGGCGAUAACUCCACCUGCAAGAUCUACAAAGGACAAUACACCAAACAACAUUAUAUGAGCCAGUAUUAUCGGGUGGUCACCAUUCCAGCUGGAGCACGAAGUAUUCGUGUGGUGGAGCUCAACUCUUCUAGUUCCUACCUGGCCUUGAGGAAUCUGCAGAGGAAGUACUUCCUUAAUGGCCGCUGGACAGUGGACUGGCCUGGGCGACACUCCAUUGCCGGUGCUGUGUUUGACUACAAGAGGCCCUACAAUCGUCCAGAGAGUCUUAUCUCCACUGGACCCACCAUUGACACUCUGGUGGUUGAGGUUCUUCUGCAGGGCUGGAAUCCAGGCAUUCAGUGGGAGUAUACACUGGCCAAGGAAGAUACAGACAGGCGGAACCAACCAAAACACAGCUACACCUGGGCCAUCAUUCGAUCCCCAUGCUCUGCCACCUGUGCAGGAGGUCAGAUGGUCACUAAAUCAGCAUGCUACAAGGAUUUAAGGGUUCAGGUGAAUACGUCUUACUGUAACUCACGCUCUCGGCCCUCCACCGGUGCAGUGUCCUGCAAUACACAGCCCUGUCCCCCAAGCUGGAGUGUGGGGGACUGGGGUGUGUGCAGUCGCAGCUGUGGAUCUGGAGAGCAGAUCAGACAGGUAGAGUGUCUCCAGAAAACAGGCCCUGAUCAGACGGACACCGUGACCGACAACCAGUGUUCAAAACCACCUCCAUCACUCAGACAAACCUGCAACACUCACAACUGCCCACCAGUCUGGACUGCUGGACCCUGGUCUCAGUGUUCUCAUAAAUGUGGGAAGGGUGUAAUGAAGAGGACAGUGGCGUGUGUCAGCAGUAACUCUUAUUCCCGUGUGCUGUCGGACACUUCCUGUGCUUCUCUUCCUAAACCCAUCAGCCAAGAGACCUGCAUGAUCAAACGCUGCCACAAACAGCGCAAGGCCCAGUGGUUCGUCUCCACCUGGCAACCGUGUUCAGUGUCCUGUGGUAAAGGGGUUCAGGUGCGUGUUGUCAAGUGUGCAGAAAAGGAUGUGGCUGGGAAAUACAAAGAGUUGUCACCCAAAAAGUGUCAGCAUAUUCCUAAACCCUCGCUGGAGCUCCAAAGGACCUGUUUCCUGUCAGACUGUCCCAUCCUUUCUUCACACAGCAGACCGGACUGGUACUCGUCUCCAUGGUCCCAGUGUACAGUAUCAUGUGGAGGGGGAGUUCAGGUGCGCUCAGUGCAGUGUCUCGACCAUGGCCGUCCCUCCUCUGGGUGUGUCUUACAGCUGAAGCCGGCAAUGUCCCAGGCCUGCAACACUGUCUUCUGCCCGCAGCCAGAGAAGAAAGAUGUGAUCUGUAAAGAUCAUUUCAACUGGUGUUAUCUGGUGCCACAGCAUGGAGUAUGUAACCACAAGUUUUACGGGAAGCAAUGCUGCCAGUCCUGCUCUCAUACAAACUCCUGAGAGUUUUCUACUUUAGACAUUUAACCAUGAACUUCUGAGGCUGAAGCCUUCAAAAGGCCAGAGUGAUGCUUGACCUGAUAUUGCAUUGAACAUGCUUGUGUACUCAACACAAAGACAUCAUUAUGGACAUAAAGUAGCUUGUUUUCCUGGACUUUAGUGGAGAAGGGCACACCAUGUAGAGACAGGCAAGAUUCCAUGCAGAGACUGCAAUUGUGUCUCUCUCCAGCAGGAAAUUACUUAAUCGACAAAGCCCCCUGGAGGUGAUACCGAGCUUCACAGAGCUUCAAAUGGACAUGAGGCAGAAAUAUCCUGUGAAAUGCUCUGUGUCCCGGUGCUAGCUGAAUAUAGACUUUUGAAUCUGUGUGGCUAAAUGUGCUCUGUAUGGCUAUGUGUUACAGUAUGUAUAAUAAGAACUCAACAUUGUGAAGGGUUUUUUCAUGAACAUGCCUCAUAAUCUCAUGUUAAACCAAAUAAACAGGCUUUUAAAGUGUCAAAGUGGCAGCCAAUCACAGUCAGCAGGGAGAAUGGUUUCAUGUUGUGACAUUCAUUUUCGGUGCUAUAUGUUCAUUGGAAAGGGACAGUUCGUCCAAAAAUGAAAAUUCUAUAAUUAGUUACCCACACUCAUGUCAUUCCAAAUGAGAAACAAUAGCAUCCUUGGCAUCACACCUGGCAUCCCAAAGUCUUGACUCGCCAUAUUUGAAUAUACAGUAUGCUAACGUGAAUGAGAUUGGAGUUGUAGCAGAAUAGAAGUUUAUCAGUGAAAAAUGACUUAAAUUUCACUAUUGUCCUCAUGCAAAGCUGUGACUUCAGAAGACUUGGAAUAUAGCACACAAGAUGCAUGGACUUCUUUAUGAUAUUUUUUUUUCUCCCCUUUUUCUCCCCAAUUUGGAAUGCCCAAUUCCCAAUGCACUCUAAGUCCUCGUGGUGGCGAAGUGCCUCCGCGUCUGAGACCGUAAGCCCGCGCCUCUUAUCAUGUGGCUUGUUGAGCGCGUUACCGCGUAUACAUGGUGAGUGUGGAGGUUUCACACCAUCCACCGCGGCAUCCACGUACAACUCACCAUGCGCCCCACCAAGAGUGAACCACAUUAUAGUGACCACGAGGAGGUUACCCCAUGUGACUCUACCCUCCCUAGCAACCGGGCCAAUUUGGUUGCUUAGGAGACCUGGCUGGAGUCACUCAGCAUGCCCUGGUAUUCAAACUCACGAACUCCAGGGGUGGUAGUCAGCGUCUUUACUCUCUGAGAUACCCAGGCCCCCUAUGGUACUUUUUUUUUUUAGCAUUUUUGGAGCUUGACGGCCUCUGGUCACUAUUCACUUUCAUUGACUGGAAAAGAGCAGUGACAACAUUCUGCUAAAGCUUUUUAUGUUCCACAGAAGAAAGAAAAUCAUACAGGUUUGUAGUGACAUGAGGGUGAGUAAAUGAUGACAGAAUUUAUGUUUUGGUUAAACUAUUCCUUUAAUGGCAACAGAUGCAUAACAGGGGUUUUAAACUAACGUGAAAAUUAAUUAGUGCCUUUGUAUGAUUGAUAUUAAUUCUUUUAUUUAUUAACAAUACUGCAAUAUUGUGCUAUUUGACUUUAAUGUUCUUGUCAGUCUGUGUUUAUAACCUCGGGUAUAGCUGCACGAUUUGUUAUUUUUUUUUUUAUUUUUUUUUAUUUUGCAUAUCUAUUCAGGGUUUAAUUAUUUUUGAAGAAAACAAAAAGCCAAUUUAACUAAUAGCCAUGUGUUUAAUGAAGUGUAAAAAGAGUCACAUUUAACAAACUCAGCUCUUUUUGUUGGAUUUUGGUAAAAAAAAAAAUUAGCAACUGUCACAGCACGACUGCAUAAUCCCAUAACUCUGUCUUCAGUCUGAUUAACAGACAGUUCUGCACAUGAAAGAUUCUGGCAUACUUGCAUAUGGAUUUUGAAGAGAGCUGCAUAGCACAAAUUAUUUCCAUCAUUUACAGUAUGCAUUUGUUGUAAAACAGCGAUAGAUGAAUGUAAUCGCUCUUGUCCAAACCAAAUGUUACUCUGAAGAGUAGUGGACAGAGGAUUUGUUAUAAAUGGCAGUUCCUAUUAAACCUGACGCAUAUCAUUUUGCGAUCACAUUACAGACUGUGUUGUCUUUCCCUGUUGGCUGUAAGUA